AUUGUCAAAAGGAGUCAAAAAGUUUGCAGAACGAAGAAUUGGAAUGUUGUGAAGAAAAUUUCUCUUUCAUAGUGAAAAAUUACCAUAAACAUAGUGAAAAGUGCAGAAACCGUUGACGGGGCAAAAGAUUCUUUCUUGAUUGGUGACCUCAUGUGAUGGUACCACGUUUAUUUUCCCUGUGUUUUGGCUGACGUUGCAUCUCCGAUUUCGUUGCGGUGCUCAAGACGGACAGUAUCACCAUUCUCAGUUCGAUAUGGUACGGUUCUAGUGUUUGUUGGCACGAAUGCAUACGAAAGCAGGGUUAUGAUGAUGGCAGCGGAGACAAGUACCAAGCCAUGCCUGAAUGACAUACAGGUACACAAGCCCGAAUCAGUCGCAUCCGUUUCGUCAUCAUCAUCAUCAUCCGACUCUGCCCUGUCGACCGCAUCGGGAAGAGCACUUUUGUCGCUGUCCAAAACGGAGCUCGAUCGGCUAAUUGCAGAGAACAUGACAUCGGUGUUAAAAACACUCAAGAAACGGAAACACGCCAAAAAACACGCACGUUUAAGGCAAGCUGCUGCUGCUGUUGCGGAAGAUGCAAUUCCGAUAGCAGCUGAUAAGAAAGAAGAAGAGGAUUCAAUUCGACCAAGUGUACAAACAGAAGCGAAGAUGAAUCGCAAAGUGAAAAAAGAAUCGCAUAACCGCAAGAGUGGAAAAUCUCGAAAAAAGAAUGGUCGAGACGAUGAUGUACAAACGGAGUUAGAAUCGAAAACGAAACCUCCACAGCAUAGCUUAAAGGAAGUGCAACCAGAUGCGAAACAGGAGAGUACGGCUGUUACCAUGCUACCGUCGACCAAUGGUGUUUGCAAUGGGCAAUCCGUAGAAAAAACUGGCAAAGAAAAUAAAACGAUUAACGCUUUCCAGCUGAUGAUGAAAGCACGCUCCAAAUGUAUCGGUUCCAACUCUCCCGGCAAAGAGCGGGAGGUUCGCGAGCUAAGUCCCUCCCAGGAGCUGGCACGCGAGAAAAAAGUCAUACGCAAUUUGCAGCUGCAACAGUGGGCUAGCGAGAAGGGAGCGGGCAAACGACGGUUGCAAGAAGAGGCCGAAGAAGAUUACAUUGAGCAUCAGAUGAAAAAGCGUGCUAAAAGACUGAAGAAACUCAUUGGCAACAUGAAUGGAGAUACGGAGGAAAAAGCGCCACCCGAAGAGAAGGAAGUGGUUGUUACUUUAGAAGUUCCGGAUUCACCCGUGCGAUCUCCGAAAGUUAAAGAACGAAAACAAAACCCUAAACAAACACCGAAGCAAACACCAAUCGAAAAAAAGGCGGAAGAGAUAAACGAAGCUGGUAAGAAAAAACGAAGUCGUCUACCGCGGAAAGGUGGUGUCACAGCUGUGGAGGAAACGACUGAACAGAAGGUGAAGGUAAAAGUCGAAGCCACUUCUGAGGAUGAGUUUCUCGUGCAGUUAUCCUCACCGCGAAAGAAAAAGGACAGUUUGUUGGGAUAUUUCGCGAAACUAACACCGGAAAGCAAAACGCGCCAUUGUUCACCAUCAACGGGAAAAGCGCAGAAAGCUUUAUCAUCGCACAGUACCACCCCGGUCGUUACCGUUUUGAUCGAUGAUGGAAAUAGCAACGACAUGAGCGCAAACACACCGCCCUCGCGUCCCCGGCGAUCGUGUGCGAAUCGGAUUAAAGAUUAUUCCGCCUUCGAGAAGUACAGUCCGGCGAAGGAAGAGCAGAAAAGCAGUGGCUCCACGAAACCAUCGAUCGUAACACCGCUGAAAAUCAUCAACGUUCAAUCACCAAACGCGAUGAAGGUGGUCAAGAGUCCUUCGUUACGAAUGUUUUCCUCCGGUGGUGCUGGUGAAAAUGGGAAGAGCACAGUUUCGGCAAGCGAUUGGCCAUCAACACCAAAAUCAGCGUUGAAAUUAGCACCAGUGUUUUCUCGUCCUUUGGGUGGCAAAUCGCAACAAGCGCCGCAGGAAGAUCCGGAAAAGGUACGCGCACGGCAGCUGUUCCUUAUGUCGGGAAUACCGGAAAAGCUGCGCCAAGAGAUGGACAAGCGUACCAUGUACGAAGAGUACAUACUGAACGAAUCAAGCGUGUUUCCUUUAGUAAGUCACAUUACGCAGGCGGAGAAACGGAUGGCUGUACGGCAGAUUGCGAAUUUCGAUCGAAGCUCUAUCAAGUUGCGCCCGAUCGAGAUGGAAUCGCCACCGACAAAAAGCACGCUAAAAAGCGUUAAAAAACGUAAGAUUCGAUUGGGAAUGUUUACCGGUUGCAGUGAGUACGAUUACGAAGAAGCGAUCGAGAAAUGCAUCCAAUUGAUCGAAACCGAUGGCAAACAGGAAGCCGUCAACGUGGAAGAUGAGCUCCCGGAGGUAGAACACGUAAAGGACAUUGUGCGCGAUUACAAGCAGCGCUUUCCGCACUUUCCCGUGUUCCGAUGUUACAAGCAAUUCCGUGCCGUCUACCAAGAUCAUCAGCAACGGCGGGCGCACGGUGGGGAAACGCAGGAACACGGCACAGAUUCUAUGCCGUUGGAUGUCAGCUUUGAAAUCAUUGAAUCGACGCCAAGCUGCAGGAAUGGUGAAACAUUGUUUACGGAAAAGUAUAAACCACAAAACACGGAACAGAUCCUAAUCAACUUCUCGCCGGCGAACAUGUUAACGCAGUUUCUAUCCCUCUGGAAGGAUGAUACCGGAAGCCAGAAACGUUCGAACGAAACGACAAGCCAAACCGGACACUAUUUCCUUUCGACUGAAAAGGAUGACGAAGAUUUUCUCAUCUCCAACGACAGUAACUCUUCAUCGUGCGGGCCCGGUUCGAAUGUUUGCAAUCAUAUCGUGCUGGUGGGACCACCGGGAUGUGGCAAAACAUCGAACGUGUAUGCCGUAGCGAACGAGAUGAACUUUAACGUGCUCGAACUGAAUGCCAGCAGUCGACGGAAAGGCAAAAUCAUUCUGCAGGAACUGUUGGAAGCGACCCAGAGCCACCAGGUGCGACAAAAAACCGAACGAUCCAAUUCGACCGAUGGAAUGCUGGUAAAUGGGGCCGCCCACCAGAAGGGACGUAAAAAGAAUGGUCUAAGCGGUUUGUUUAGCUGUCUCGAACGAAGGCCAUCGUGUACCGAAAGCAAUGGGAAUGGGUCGAAAAAAAUGUCCCUCAUACUGAUCGAAGAUGCGGACAUUGUGUUCGAGCAGGAUGAUGGAUUUCUGGCGGCAAUUAAUUCCCUGAUUGCGACCUCGAAGCGUCCGAUCGUGCUGACCACCACGAACCCAUCCUGCACCCAUAUGGCCCGUUACAUGGCACGCAACAAUGUCAUCCGUUACGUUGCGCCGGGUAUUGGGAAUGUGGCCAAAUUCUUCUCAUUGCUUGCACUGGUCGAACGGAUACCGAUCGAUCAGCACGAUAUCGGACGAUUGUACGCCCACAAUGGCAAGGAUAUGCGGAAAACGUUGAACGAGCUUCAGUUUUUCAUCCAAAGCGGGGGCGAUAUGGAACGCUUUCCGUCUGCCGCGGACGACCGGAACGAUCUGCACGCCGCGGACAGGGAAGAAUUUAACGGCCAGACACUUAAUGAAACGCGCGAGGAAGAUGACGAUGGUGAACAGAUGGGUGGUGAAGAUUCACCGCAAAGAUCGUCCGGGCGUAAGAAGGUAUCGAAAACUGUCCAAAAGACACGAUUGGCAAAGCGCCAUCACGGUACACUGUACGAACUGUUCACGCGAAAUCAAAACGAAUCGAUAGUGCUUCGCAUUCCGUUGGAUUUUAAUGUGCUCUGGUGUAAUAUGGAACUGGUGCUAAGCACGGCAAAAAUUCCGACCGAUGUCGGCCCCGAUUCGGGUAAAGGGAAGCGAACCGACAAGCGUGGGAAACGGGCCAGUAUCGUGCGGAGUAAAAGCAACCAACCUGCGGAUGAGUUAAUAUGCGACGAGUUGAGUGCGCUGUACGAAAACAUAAGCCGCGCGGAAGCGGAAUGGGGUGUGACGCAACGGAACAGAAUACGCUACGGGAAGAAUGUACAGGAUGAACAGCAGCAGCAGCAGCUAGCCCAUGAGAUAGGUCAUGCGCUCGUGGAAGGAUCAUGGAUCGAAUGGUUUAGCAAACGAAAUGAUCCGCACAGUGAGACGAAAGGCGCAAGAAAGACGACCAACGGGGAGAAAGGAAUAGGAGCGAAAGCGUACGAUGCGUUGCGGAAACUGGAACAAGAACCACGGCAAACAAUAGCAUCGCACAUUGGCGUAAGCGGUAUACGGUCACGCGUGACCGUUUGCGAUUACGAACCAUUUCUGCGUCAAAUCUGCCGUCACGAGCGGGACCGUUCUUCGAUGGAACGGCGUGGCAGCCGGUUCUAUCACUAUCUGCGUAAUUUUACCAGCACAAACGGAACAGUGCUGCAACCGAUCGACCGAUCUACCGCGACGAUGAUGAUAAAACCGGGCGGCGGAUUUAGUGUCGAUCAUUUUGAUGCGCUCAGCCAUUGCUUCGAGGAGCAACCAUCGGUACCGCAGACGACGCAAACCGUAACACUAGAUGUAGAAAAAUGAGCCAAACCACAGCUAAAGUCAUUUGUGGCGUGGGGA